GGGAAGGAUUUGUCUGCAAGGCCACCAAUUCGCAACCUCCAGUUUAUGAUAUAUUUGCAUAGGCUAGAAAGAAAAAGGCUUUGAACUAUGGUUUGGCUUCUCUGUGGAAGGAUUUUGGACUGUCACGUAACCUCUACAAAUCCUUGUGUAAAAUUCAGACAAUGUGAGUAACCUUGCAGUGUUCACUAAAUAUUAGUUUUCUCUUUUCUCCUUCCCCUGCAUAGAUGAUUGCUCUGAACAUGCAUGGUAUGCUUGUAUAUUAUCUGGAAUGCACAAAUCCUGACUAUUGUUCAAGACCCAACACAUUCCCAAUACCUCGAGAAACAGUCUGAUAUAGGAGACAGCCCUAGGCUGUCUGUUCCAGUCCUGACAUUGUUCCUAAUCCUUUGUGCGAUCUCAAGCAAGUCACAUUUUCUGGGCCUCAGUUGUUCCAUAUUUAAAUGGAUGAAGUUAAUGGCUUUAAACUGUGUUCUAAUAAACACAAUACUUCUCUAACAGUGGGAGCAGGCAUAAAAGUCAGAGAACAGUGAGGGCAAGGGGAAGCUGGGUGAGCAAGCUUAUGGGUUCCUUAUUUCCACUUCAAAUUUAGCAACUCCAUUUUAAGCUACCACAUUUUUUUUUUAGACGGGAGUAUUCCACUUGCCAAUAAAACAAGUGGAAAUGACUAGACCUUUCAUGUACCAAUAUUCUCCGGAACUAUCUUUUUUUGGCUUCUCUUUUUAAUUCUUUCUUGUCGUUAACAUAGAGCUAAAGACUGACAUGUCUUUUAGAUUCGGGCUGAAAUAACACUUUUCUGAGUGUCUUUCUCUCCUCUUUCCUACCCAGAAAUGUAAUUAAAGAUGAACAAGAGUAAGCAAAGACUAGCAUGGAAACUUUCAGCAAUCUCACAGAUAGUUUUCAGCAAAACGUGAUGGAUUAGGAAACUUCUCAGAUUCAAAACAUCUACCAAGUAACAUAUAAAAGUUAAAGUGACACACAAAAGUUACAUCUCAUUAUCCUGUAAUUUUAGGAGUUGCUCAUUUGCAUUUGAAUGUUUCUUGUUAUGGUGAAUGACUUUCAGGAAGCAACUUCUUUGCAUUUCUUUCUUAUAUGAUUGCCUCUAAGCUAUCUUUAUGAACUCCUUUAGGGCAGUUUUUUUCUACCUGAGGCUGGGGCAAUGGAAUGGAUGAAGAGGAUUGGAUCAAGCCCUAAUUUUCUUCAGCCAUCCUCAGCUUUGGCUUCAGGAUAGACCCAAAUCUACUUCCCAAUUUUCUUAGAGAACAAGAUGCUCAUCCUUUAAGUCAGAUUCUCAAAGCUCUUUCAGUGGAGGCGAACGAGGACAAGCAAUGUUUGCAAAUCACACAUCUUCAGAGGAUAAUUACAACUUCUUGAAAUAUCAUUAGCCUUCAUUUUUAAUCUUCUAGAUUAAAAUGAAUUAAUUAAUCUCUUGCUUCAAAGACAGCUUGAUGCAUUGAAAAGCCUAGAGGGCUGUGAUUCAAGUCUUGAUCCUAAUUUGACACCAGCCUCUAGAUGCUUUGGGGUAAAUUACUUCCCUUGACCAGGCUGCGGUUUUACCAUUGGGAGCAUCAAAGUAGAUGGUUCCUAAGAUCCUUCUCGAUUUAGAUAUUCAAAGGAUGAAUAACUAUUGAAGAAAUCAUCUCCAGUUGUUGGUUCAGUCUUCAAAAUCACCAAAGGAUUUGGUUUUGAGGUUAGGCUAUCAGAGUUGGCCCUUAAUAUUCUACGCUCUGUGCUUCAAUUCAGAUCAGGCGGCCUAAAGGCGAGAAACCUGGAUCUUCUUGAGAUAAUUGGCUUGUACGCUCAUUGCUUGGGAUUCUUCAGAUUCAGAGGUCCACUGUGAACUUGGGCUCACCAUCAUUUCCCUUUUACAAUGGUAUCUCUGCAGUCAGGUGUAAGAUGGUGAUCUAGACCUCUCACUGACAUUUCACCCAAUACUCCAGAUAGCCCUUUCACUAAUUUCUUUCAUUCCUCCUUCAUCACUGCGUCAUGGUCCCUUUAAGGAAGCGGCCAUAGUUGAGUGGUGGGAGCAGCUGCUGGCAGCAAAGAGACUUGCAGGACUUGGCCUACCCUAGGCCACUCAACGCGCACGCUCAGGACCGGGGGCUUGGUGGGAAAGGAAGGAGGGGCCUAGGGUGCGCCUGCGCAUCGAGGGCGCGCGCAAGGGGCUGGUUUGGUGAUCCCUUUAAGAAACCGCAGGCGGAGGAAUUUCUCUGAGAGAAAAUAAUCCUACUCACGGGGCCCCUUGGAGGCCAUUAACCCCCCGAGUCCCGGGCCCCCCCUUUCCCCGGCAGGCCCUACCGCCUACGCGCGCACCCGUGGGAUCUCCAGAUCUCCGACCCGGCGCGCGGCAUCCGCCCCCUCCCCACUCUCAGCUCCAGGCCCGGCCAGGUCCUGGGAAGCUGCCGCGAGGCGGCCGUGCCUGCAGUGUGGGCGGGGGCCGGGGGCCCGAGAGGUUCCGCCGCUAUCGCGCUGGGAGCCGCAGCGGUUCCGAGCGGGGCCCAACAUGGCGGAGAGAGAGGUGGAGUCCAGCCCCCGAAAGAGGGUAGGUGAGUUUGAGCAGAAAGCUGGUGCAGUUUUUGAUGAAAUUGUAGAGAACUGUGGUGGUAUCAUGGAUACAGAAAUGUCUGAAGAUAUAGACCACAACUUAACUCCUACCCUUGACAGCAUGUCUUAUGGAAUGCCGAAUCAAACAGGAUCUGAAAAUUCAUUGCUGGAUGAAGAUGAUUAUUUUUUGAACUCUGGGGAUCUUGCAGGAAUUCCAGUCGUUGGUAGUGACAAUGAGGAUGAACAGGAUUUUAGUUCAAAGGACAAUCUUGUUUCUUCAAUUCAUACUGAUGAUAGCUUGGAAGUAGAGAGAAGAGUCACACAGCAUGAAUCAGACAAUGAAAAUGAAAUACAGAUUCAAAAUAAAUUAAAAAAAGACUUUCCUAAACAGUUUGAUCAGGUUUCUGUCUUUAAAUCAAUACGGAAAGAUUUUAGUCUAGUAAGAGAAAACAGCAAAGAGACAUUUUCUGGAAAGGAGAAAAAUAGAGACCUAACUUAUCAUGAACGUGAAAAACGGUUGGAUAAACCCCAUAAAGAGUUGGAUUCAAGGUUGAAAAGCAGUUUUUUUGAUAAAGCAGCUAAUCAAGUUGAAGAAACAUUACAUACCCAUUUACCACAAACCCCAGAAACAAACUUUAGGGAUUCCAGCUAUCCAUUUGCCAAUAAAGAAUCCAUUGGUUCGGAACUGGGAAAUUCCUUUGCAUCAAAUAUUAGAAUUAAAGAAGAACCUUUGGAUGAUGAGUAUGACAAAGCAAUGGCACCACAGCAGGGACUACUAGACAAAAUUAAAGAUGAACCUGACAAUGCUCAAGAGUAUAGUCAUGGCCAACAGCAAAAAACUCAAGAGGGGGAACUGAAAAUUAGUGCUGUGUUUUCAGUCAGUGGCAGUCCUCUUGCUCCACAGUUGACUACUGGCUUUCAGCCUUCACUGGCGUCAUCUGGCAUGAAUAAAAUGCUUCCUUCAGUUCCAGCCACAGCUGUUCGAGUUUCCUGUUCUGGUUGUAAAAAAAUCCUCCAGAAGGGGCAAACUGCUUAUCAGAGGAAAGGGUCUACUCAGCUAUUCUGCUCUACACUGUGCCUCACUGGAUAUACAGUUCCACCUGCCCGCCCACCGCCUCCUCCCACUAAGAAAACUUGUUCAAGUUGCUCAAAAGACAUUUUAAAUCCAAAGGAUGUGAUCAGUGCCCAGUUUGAAAAUACCACCACUAGUAAAGAUUUUUGUAGUCAGUCAUGUUUGUCAACAUAUGAGCUGAAAAGAAAACCUGUUGUUACCAUAAAUACGAAUAGUAUUUCAACCAAAUGCAGCAUGUGUCAGAAGAAUGCUGUUAUUCGACAUGAAGUUAAUUACCAGAAUGUGGUACAUAAACUUUGCAGUGAUACCUGCUUUUCUAAGUUCCGCUCUGCUAACAACCUCACCAUGAACUGUUGUGAAAAUUGUGGGGGUUACUGCUACAGUGGCUCUGGACAAUGCCACAUGCUUCAAAUAGAGGGACAGUCUAAGAAGUUUUGUAGUUCAGCGUGUGUCACAGCAUAUAAGCAGAAAUCAGCCAAAAUUACACCAUGCGCGCUUUGCAAAUCAUUGAGAUCCUCUGCAGAAAUGAUUGAAAAUACCAAUAGCUUGGGAAAGACAGAGCUUUUCUGUUCUGUUAAUUGCUUAUCUGCUUACAGAGUUAAAAUGGUUACUUCUGCAGGUGUCCAGGUUCAGUGUAACAGUUGUAAAACCUCAGCAAUUCCUCAGUACCAUCUAGCCAUGUCAGAUGGAAGUAUACGCAACUUCUGCAGCUACAGUUGUGUGGUAGCUUUCCAGAAUUUGUUCAACAAACCAACAGGAAUGAAUUCUUCAGUAGUGCCCUUGUCCCAGGGCCAAGUAAUUGUAAGCAUCCCCACAGGUUCAACAGUGUCAGCAGGAGGAAAUACCUCUGCUGUUUCUCCCACUUCUAUCAGUAGCUCUGCUGCAGCUGGUCUUCAGCGUCUUGCUGCCCAAUCCCAACAUGUUGGGUUUGCACGAAGUGUUGUAAAACUCAAGUGUCAGCACUGUAACCGUCUUUUUGCCACAAAACCAGAGCUUCUUGACUAUAAGGGUAAAAUGUUUCAGUUCUGUGGCAAAAAUUGUUCUGAUGAAUAUAAGAAAAUAAAUAAUGUAAUGGCAAUGUGUGAAUAUUGUAAAAUUGAGAAAAUUGUAAAGGAGACUGUGCGAUUCUCAGGUGCUGACAAGUCAUUCUGUAGUGAAGGUUGCAAAUUGCUUUAUAAACAUGACUUGGCAAAACGCUGGGGAAAUCACUGUAAAAUGUGCAGUUAUUGUUUACAGACAUCUCCUAAAUUGGUACAGAAUAAUUUGGGAGGGAAAGUGGAAGAGUUUUGUUGUGAAGAAUGUAUGUCCAAAUAUACAGUCCUGUUCUAUCAGAUGGCCAAAUGUGAUGGUUGUAAGCGACAGGGUAAGCUCAGCGAGUCCUUGAAAUGGCGGGGAGAAAUGAAACAUUUCUGUAACCUGCUUUGUAUCUUGAUGUUCUGUAAUCAGCAGAGUGUGUGUGACCCUCCUUCACAAAACAAUGCAGCAAGUAUUUCCAUGGUGUCAGCUGCUUCAGCAGGGCCCCCAUCUCUAAGAAAAGAUUCAACUCCAGUUAUAGCUAAUGUAGUAUCAUUAGCAAGUGCUCCUGCUGCUCAGCCCACAGUGAAUUCUAACAGUGUCUUACAAGGUGCCGUUCCAACAGUAACAGCGAAAAUCAUUGGGGAUGCAAGUACACAAACGGAUGCCCUGAAACUGCCACCUUCCCAGCCUUCAAGACUUUUGAAGAAUAAAGCUUUAUUGUGCAAACCCAUCACACAGACGAAAGCCACCUCUUGCAAGCCACAUACCCAAAACAAAGAAUGCCAGACAGAAGACACUCCAACUCAGCCCCAAAUUAUUGUGGUGCCAGUUCCAGUACCAGUGUUUAUACCUAUACCUCUUCAUCUCUAUACUCAGUAUGCACCAGUCCCAUUUGGAAUUCCAGUUCCAAUGCCUGUCCCUAUGCUUGUUCCAUCCUCAAUGGAAAAUGAAGAUAAAGUCACUGAGAGUAUUGAAGACAUUAAGGAAAAGCUUCCCUCACAUCCUUUUGAAGCUGAUCUCCUUGAGAUGGCAGAAAUGAUUGCAGAAGAUGAAGAGAAGGAGAAGACUCUAUCUCAGGGAGGAUCCCAAACUUCUGAACAGGAGCUCUUUCUAGACACCAAGAUAUUUGAAAAAGACCAAGGAAGUACUUACAGUGGUGAUCUUGAGUCAGAGGCAGUAUCUACUCCACAUAGCUGGGAGGAAGAAUUGAAUCAUUAUGCCUUAAAGUCCAAUACUGUGCAAGAUACUGAUUUAGAAGUAAAGCAGUUCUCAAAAGGGGAAACCGAACAGGACCUGGAAGCAGAUUUUCCAUCAGAAUCCUUUGACCCACUGAAUAAAGGACAGGGAAUCCAGGCUCGUUCCCGAACAAGGCGGCGACACAGAGAUGGCUUCCCCCAGCCCAGACGAAGAGGGCGGAAGAAGUCUAUAGUGUCUGUUGAACCCAGGAGUCUUAUUCAAGGAGCCUUUCAAGGGUGCUCAGUAUCUGGGAUGACACUGAAAUACAUGUAUGGGGUGAAUGCCUGGAAGAAUUGGGUUCAGUGGAAAAAUGCCAAGGAGGAGCAGGGGGAUCUGAAAUGUGGCGGAGUUGAACAUGCGUCAUCUAGCCCAUGUUCUGAUCCUUUAGGAAGUGCUCAAGACCAUGCGCUCUCUCAAGAAUCUUCAGAGCCAGGCUGUAGAGUCCGUUCUAUCAAGUUGAAGGAAGAUAUUCUGUCCUGCACUUUUGCUGAGUUGAGUUUGGGCUUAUGCCAGUUUAUCCAAGAAGUACGGAGACCAAAUGGUGAAAAAUAUGAUCCAGACAGUAUCUUAUACUUGUGCCUUGGAAUCCAGCAGUACCUGUUUGAAAAUGGUAGAAUAGAUAACAUUUUUACUGAGCCCUAUUCCAGAUUUAUGAUUGAACUUACCAAACUCUUGAAAAUAUGGGAACCUACAAUACUUCCUAAUGGUUACAUGUUCUCUCGCAUUGAAGAAGAGCAUUUGUGGGAGUGCAAGCAACUGGGCGCUUACUCACCAAUCGUCCUCUUGAACACCCUCCUUUUCUUCAAUACCAAAUACUUUCAACUAAAGAACGUUACUGAGCACUUGAAGCUUUCCUUUGCCCACGUGAUGAGACGGACCAGGACUCUGAAGUACAGCACCAAGAUGACAUACCUGAGGUUCUUCCCACCUUUACAGAAGCAGGAGUCAGAACCAGAUAAAUUAACUCUUGGCAAGAGGAAACGAAAUGAAGAUGACGAGGUUCCAGUGGGUGUGGAGAUGGCAGAGAAUACUGACAACCCCCUAAGAUGCCCAGUCCGACUUUAUGAGUUUUAUCUCUCAAAAUGUUCCGAAAGUGUAAAGCAGAGGAAUGACGUGUUUUACCUGCAGCCUGAGCGUUCCUGUGUUCCAAACAGCCCCAUGUGGUACUCCACGUUUCCGAUAGACCCUGGGACCCUGGACACCAUGUUAACACGUAUUCUCAUGGUGAGGGAAGUACACGAAGAACUUGCCAAAGCCAAAUCAGAAGACUCUGAUGUUGAAUUGUCAGAUUAAAGUGGAAGUGCGGUUCCUAUUUUCAUAUACGUUGGUAUGCACCAAACUGUGAAUGCAUCCAGCUUUGGAAAACGAUCUUUAAGGCCAAGUCCUCUCGACUUGAUUAUAAGAUAAUGGAAAACAGAUGACUCGUGAGCCACAGUGUGGAUGUACAAAUGAAAAUUGAAGGAAAGAAUACGAACUGAGAGAUGUUGUUCUUUGGCAGUGACAUAGUCCUUAGACAUCUUCAGAAUGACUAACCAAUUUCUCUGAGUGGUGCAUAAUCUUAUUUUGUUUGGGAAUAACAAAUUGUGGAAUAUUUUUAAGGAAACCUGUUGUAUAAAACUCUACCAUAGUAACCUUAGACCUUAGAGAGGUAGCUUUGGAGUGAAACCUUGGCUGCAGUAGGCUACUUGGGCAAGCUCUAUGUGAAAGUCAGGGGAGAAAUCAGUACCGCGCUAAGAGUGACAUCAGCUGAGGACUGUGGGACCCAGACUUGAAGACCCAAUAAAAAUACUCAACUUUUUUUAAAAGGUAGAGAGUGAAGUGGUCUUGAUUUUAAUUUUCACUGCCAAGCCAAUUCUGUGAAGGAUAGAACCCUCUGGUGCUUUCGCCAUGGGGUCCCUCACAUUAGGGAAAAGGCCUUCACUGCUGUUCACGCAGCAAUGUGUCCGUUUCACUUUCUGGGUCUAGCUUCUUAAGUGCGGGUCUGGAUGUGGGUAAAUUAAGUCAAAGGGGCUGAACCUGCAAGAUGAUUUUGCAGAAAGUCUGUAGAGCCUGUCAGAGCCCAAGUGUCUUGAAAUGUUUGUAGAAAACCCACUAAAAUGCCCACUUCUCUGGGUGUCAGCCUUUAUUGCUGCUGUUUCACAGCAUGAGCUGUGGUACACAGAAAUGGGGGUUCUCCUUUCGUUUUCAUUUUAUCCCCAAAUGGCAGCUUUUCUCCCAUUGUUUUAUCUUCCUGUUUCCCAAAUAAUUCCUCUUAUUUUGUCUUUUGUACCAGUUUCUGGAGGCCCUUGUCGUUUCAAAAAGAUGAAUCUCUCUUUACUCUGGCAAACCUGUGGGUGAUUCCACAAAGACACAGUGUUACUUAGGUAUCAGAAUUAUGGUAGGAAAAAAGGUCCUAGUAUAUUCCUAUAUAAAGCAUUUGGAAAAUGACCUUGUUGCCCUAAGAAACUGAAAAUAGGCUUCUUGGGUUAGGAUACAAAGACAUUGACUGUCUUGCAUAUCCAGUCUUCUUAUAGCAUUAUUCCAAACUCUAGCUGUUUCAGUAGUUCUAUGAGGAUUGCAAGUCAUAGGUGUGUUUGGCAUAUGGAUCCAUCUCCUUCAUCUCUAUUCUGUUUUUUCCUCACAGAAUUUUGAAUCAAAGCAUUAAUGAUAUUGGCUAAUCACAUAAAUUCUUUAGCUGAGAUUAAUUUGACCCUGUAAUAGAAAUGAGAGAAGUCUAAAAAGCCUCUUAGAAAUUUUAACCUUGGAAGACUUUUCAUUAUGUCCCAUCUUUAUAGAUAGGUGUGGCAGGUGUUUUUUUUUUGUUUGUUUUUUUAAUAAAGUCAUUUAACUACAACAAAAAUUUUAAGGUAGGCCUUUUGACAUUGUGUACUUACAGUUCUGUCCCUCUGCCUGUAACAAAUUUUGUUUUUGUUACCACGAACUAUGUGAAAGAAGUAAAUCUGCCCCAAUUCUGUAUGAUUAAUUCCAUCUGUGUUUGUCAUUUCUGGCUGGAAAACUUACUUCUAAACUUUGUUUGAUAUGGAGGAAAAGCAAUUGGAUUGUCUGAUAAGUCUGCCAAUAAACUAUCCAGCAACAUCAGGUGUAAUAGUACCCACUAUACGAAUUUUAUGGUUUAUAUAAACACUAAUAUUUCCCCUUUUGUAGUUGUAUGAAAAAAAAUAUUUGGCACAGUAGGUACAUUGUUAUAAAACACCAGAGAGGAAAAAAAAAUCCUGUAUCUUCUGAGAACAGCCAAAUACCCAGGUGAAUGACUGUGUCAGGAUUUCAAUUGCAUGUUAGUCCACAGACUUUGUCCAGAUCCUAAAUUAAUUCAUAAAAGAAAAUCUUGAUUAAUUAUUGGUCAUUCCGCAUAAGCAUAUAGCUGUUAAUAUGUGUGUCAGGUUAUUUGCUUUUUAAAAUUUUAUUGAAAUUAUGCAAAAUUACAUCCCCCCCUGGGGGGGGAGAAAAAUAUCAAACAAGAAAAACAUUAAAUUAGCCAUUCUGUUCUGUUUUUUUUUUUUUUUUUUUUUGAAACACUUUUGGGUUUUUCCCUUGCAGAAACCACAGAAAUAUUCCCUUGGAAUAAAACAGUAUAUUUGUAUUUGAUGGGUGAAUUAUUCCUUUCUUUAUGUUAUGAAAGAACUUUUUUGACCCUAUUGGUAUGACCCAACAGAUGGUAUAUUACAAAGAAAAAGAGCAGUUUUCAGAAAAUAAAUUAUUUGGUUUUUACUCA